AUGUCUGCGCGCGGCCGGCGAUCCCGCAAUGCAUUGGCGGAUAUUACUACAACAAUGGAACAGCCUGACGAGCAUAUCAAGGAGAGGGUUGAAGCACUGGAGCGGUUUUACGUGUAUCGCGAGCCCGUUGAUUCACCGCGACAAUCGUCGAGUCGGAAACGCCAUGCUGACCCGGCGGAUUUUCUCCGUGAAGACACGCCGAAUUGUUCUGGCGACGAUGAGGACUACAUCUUGCGGCCGGAUAAGGUCUCCUUUUAUCGCACACCUGGCAUCUACAAAUUCAGGAGGCGCACCAGCACCGAACCGCAAAUCGAUUACUUUGCUCACUACAACUUGCCUGACGAUUGUUUGCUCAAAAUUUUCUCCAACUUCAAUAAGAGGGAUCUGGUUACAGCCAUGAAGACUUGUCGGCGGUUUUAUAAUAUUGGGGAGUCUAAAGAUUUUUGGGAAGCUAUCGACCUAUCCAAUAAAACCGUGCGCCUCUCCGAUCUACUUUCGAUCGUCGCGCGAGGAUGUAAAGUGUUGCGCAUGUCUGGCACAAAUGUUCUCGAAGAUGAGUUUGAUCCUGCUGGCGUGGAAAAAUGUGAGUAUUAUGGUCGUCCCCGCCUCACCCAUGCCGACUUUUCGCGUGCCAUCAUUUCAAGUGCAGCCCUGGAGUGGGUUUUGAAUGGCGCAACCAAGCUUCAGGCAAUUGCCUUGGAAAACUGUGAAGUGACACCGACGAUCUGCAGAAUUCUACACAACAAUGCGAAUCUGCAGUUUCUGGACCUCUCAAUGUCUCGUGGGCUGCCAGAGUGCGAUCUACGGUUUCUUUCGGCAUUUAAAAGGAUGCACGAGUUAAACCUCUCUUGGUGCGCUCUGGAUGUCGAAAAUUUGCACGAAGUGGUCAGCAACAUACCUACAAAGCUUAGUCGUCUCAGCUUGGCAGGGCAAAAGGAUUCACUCGUGGAUCAGCACAUUGAGACGUUGGUCCAACGCUGUGUUAAUCUUAUGGUGCUCGAUCUGUCGGAGUCAUGUGAUAUUUCUCGAGAAGCCUUUACCUUGCUGCUGAGAGAGCUACAGACUUUGACGACCCUCUCGAUGGCACGUUGUUUCGGCGUCCACCCGAUGGCCUACUUGAACUGCAUCAAUAUUCGUCAGCUCAACAUUUUUGGUUGCGUUGCUGAGGGAGGAGAAGAAGCCCUACGCAAUCGCUUACCGAAUACCGCAAUUAAUGUCACACCGUAUUGCGAUAUCGCCCGCCCGACGCCUCCACCGUCAUACACGUCAAUUUGGGGAAUGCGUGUCAAGGAUUUAUAC